CUCCGUCCACGUGACCAAAGUCCGAUGUCAUCUCAUCUCCAGCUUUGGAUAUCUAUCCGUUAUGCUUGAACCAUGCUGUAUCAAUACUGACUUGUCUUCAGACCCUAAUACCCAUUACAAUUGGCAGUAUAUCUCGCAUUUAUGUUUCCUACCUUUUGACAAACAUUCCAUUCUAUUAUCGAAGGGAGCAAUGAUUCCCACCGCAAAAUGCCUCGCCCAGCGGCCCGGUUUCAUUAAACGGAGCGCGGAGGAGUUGGCCAGGUUCACGAAGAUGGCAUGGAACCUCGAAGCCCUCUCCGUCCCCUACAAACCCUACCACCUCCUCGAUUUCACAGACGAGAACACCAUUGCGGGCUGCAAGACGAUGUCCGACCGUGCUGUUGGUGGUUACAGCACCGCAAAUCUAGACUAUAUCCCCGCGGAUCCCGCUACCAAUACCCCCGCACAUGCCCGCUUUCAUGGCUCGAUCUCCACCAAGUUGCCGCAGAAUUGGAAGAUCCAGAGGACUGGUUACGCCGCCUUCCGCAACCAAGACCGGGGCCUCUGGCUUUUCGGCCGCCUCUACUGGGACGUCGACCCAUACACCUACCUCGCGCUCCGUGUCAAGUCCGACGGCCGCAGAUACAAAGUAAACAUCCAAACCGAUUCUAUUGUCGAUACUGAUAUCCAUCAACAUCGCCUAUUCACCAACCACCACCGCAUUCCACAGUCCUCCUCCUCCGCCGCAGAUGCCACCUCCUACUCAUCCGAACAAGGCGAGGUCGUCCCUGCCGCUCUAGCAGACUUUGCCCCCGAGCACCCAUCAUCCUCCAACACAUACACUCACACCACAUCGCCAACAACCAACCCAGAUUCCACGGGCUGGGAAACCGUGCUAAUUCGCUGGAAUGACUUUGUGCGCACAAACCUUGGCUUCGCCGUCGAGCCGCAGACUAGUAUUAUACGGCAACGCAUCAAGUCCGUUGGUAUUGGCUUGACGGAUCGCGUUCAGGGUCCCUAUGAUUUGCGCAUUCAUCGCAUAUGGGCUACCAAUGGGUUGUCAGAAGAGGAGAUGGAAGAGGAGAGGAAGAUUUGUGGGCCGAAUGCGUUGCACAUGACGGGGAAAGAGUGGGGGCCUGGAGGGAUUGGGAGGCCUUCGAUGGCUGAGCAGGAGGGGGCGGCGUUGGGGAAGUUGAAGGAGUUGAAAGAGGAAAAGGAGGGGCUUGAGGGGCUGGAGGGGCUAGAGGAGCAAAAAAAGAAGACGAGGGAGGACCAGUGGUGAAUGAAUUGUUCAAGCAAAGAGGGUUAGGGGGCAGAGGUAGAGGGCGUGGUGUUGCUUGUAUAUAUGAGGCAUGGGAGAAAUUUCUUGGUUUAUGGCGUGGUGGGAGAAGGGUUGUUCGAUUUCUCCCAUGCGUGUAUUAUUUAUGACGACAUUGGCAUACUCCACAUGCUACUAUUUGAAUUACAGGCAUAUAUUGGCGUUUUCUUAUUAUGAUUCGAAUCGAGCUAGGAAGAAGUUAUACAGAAUAUUUAUCUAUUUGUUAGAGUCGGUCCUCCGUUCUUAAAAAAUCAAUAUAAUAUACACCCGGAACCGAAAGUAGGUCGUCAGAACAUUACCCAUAACAUAUCUAUCAUGCAUCCCAUCUUCUUCCGUGA